AACUUUAAACCAAUGCCAAUGAGGCAUGAGGAGGGGCAACUCUUAAGCCCAAACAAACGCCUUCAUUUCAUCAGUGUGAGGAUACAGAGAACAGAGUGGUGAAAUGUGAACGGAGACUCUACAUGUAUGAGUUUUAUCUUUCCAGUGACCUAAAGAGCAGAGUCUCUCCUAUAACUUAAUUACUUUUGGAUCUGUGAGUGGACGUUCAUAAAUGAUCUUCUCAUGAGAUUGAUGUCUGAUUAUUGAGAUUAGUGUUGAUUAUCUCAGGAAGACAUUUUCUCCACUGCAUCAUUCUGUGGAUUUCAAAAUACUGCUGGUUAAAUAGAAAAUGACAACCAAUCUGUAUCUGGACUCUGCUCCUCAGAAAUGUCCUCCAUCUAGCAGUUCAGAUGUAAAUCCUCAGUAUGUGCAUCAUCUGGCCCUGAAUCCUCCUGAGAUUAGCCACUCCAUUCCCAAACACAAAGAUGUAAAACAUAGGUGUGUAAAGUUCACUGUGGCUGCUGUGAUCAGCCUCCUGCUCCUCCUCCUGCUGGCUGGGGUCCUCCUUGGUUACUACUUCUCCUCUCCCUGUGUGCACGGGAUGCAAUGUGGUGAUGGGAGCUGUGUGUGGGAGUCUCAGUGGUGUGACGGAGUGAUGGACUGCCCUGCAGGCCAAGAUGAAGCUAACUGUGUGAGGGUGCAUGGUUCAAGUUUCCUACUUCAGAUCUAUUCGUCCCAGAGUAAAAACUGGAGGACUGUUUGUUCUCGGGGCUGGAGUGACCUGCAGGGUAAAGCGAGCUGCAGGCAGAUCGGAUACAGCAGGAAGACAUAUUUUAAAUCAGGCCAACAACAGACUGACUCCAAAGAUGGAUUCCUUAUAGUAAAGUCUAACUUCAACCCUGCUGCAUCCUUACUGCAACAGCUUGUCCUCAGCAAUACCUGUCCAAACAACAGUGGGGUGACAUUGUUUUGUACUGAUUGUGGGACUGGGGUGAACUCCAGCAGAGCCUCUGGGGGCCAGCCUGCCUCUCUAGGGUCCUGGCCGUGGCAGGUCAGCCUGCAGGUUGCAGGCUCCCACCGCUGUGGAGGAGCGGUCAUCUCCCCCUACUGGAUAGUCACUGCAGCAGACUGUGUGGCGAGUGUCUCAAGCCCUGGAGACUGGGCAGUGUAUGCUGGGGUGGUGGAACCGCUGGGCACUCUGUUUAACCCUUCCUACUCUGUUAGCCACGUCAUAGCCCAUGAAGGCUACAACAGCUUUACUCUCAAGAGUGACAUCGCUCUGAUGAGGCUGUCUAAACCUCUGGACCACACAGUCUCCAGUCAUAUUGGACCUGUGUGCCUCCCAAAUGUUGGUGUUAACAUUACUGAUGAUCAGAAAGGCUGGAUAUCACGAUUUUCUGGCACAGUCAAUGGAGACUCUGGCUCUCCGUACCUGAUGGAGGCUCAGGUCUCUCUGGUAGAUGCAGCUGACUGCAACAGCUCCACGGCUUACAAUGGAAGAAUAACACAGGACAUGUUAUGUGCCAGAGAGGUGGAGGCGUCAGGCAAUAUGUGUGGUACUGACAGCGGCAGCCCUCUGGUGGCCCUGAAGGAUGGAGUAUGGUGGCUCAUAGGGGACUGCAUCAGGGGGCAAGACUGCACAGAGCACCAGAGACCGGGCGUUUAUGGCAAAAUCCCCUUUUUCCUGGACUGGAUCUUCCAACAGAUGAGGAAGCAUCAAGAUGAAUGAAGACGAAAAGUCCAAAUGUGUUAUACGAGAUCUUUGUUUACAAUUUUCUACAAUUUGCAGAGAGUAAUUUU